UCCAAAGAUACGGUAGGAGGGUAGCAGCCACAUUGCAAGUUGGAAAUUAAACAAUUUUAAAUUAAAUAUUAUUUAAAGUAACAUUUUAAAUUGUCAAUAAAAUGCCGACGAUUGGUGUGAAACGUGAUUUACUUUUCGAUGCUCUGGGCAAAAAAUACACUGAUGAUGAGUUCCAGCAACUUUGCUUUGCUUUCGGUCUUGAGUUGGAUGAAGUGACAACUGAAAAACAAAUGCUUACUAAAGAACAAGGCGAUGUUGCAGCAGCUAAGGAUGCGUCUGAAGAAAUCAUCUACCGCAUUGAUAUUCCAGCAAAUAGAUACGAUUUGCUAUGCAUGGAAGGUCUAGUAACUGGAUUACUGGUUUUCCAAGAAAAAAUUAAACCUCCUCAGUUUAAAUUGGUCGAACCCAAAGGCGGAGUUGAAGCUCGUCAAACUUUAAAAAUUCUACCUGAAACCGCUCAGAUACGUCCGUUUGCAGUGGCUGCAGUUCUAAGGAAUGUUACAUUUACUCCAGAGUCGUACAAUUCGUUCAUUGAUUUGCAAGAUAAAUUGCACCACAACAUUUGUAGGAAGCGUACUCUGGUUGCCAUUGGCACACAUGACCUCGACACGAUCAAGGGUCCUUUCACCUAUGAAGCCCGUGCACCACAAGAUAUCAGCUUCAUUCCUCUCAACCAGACCAAAAAGAUGAAUGGAAACGAACUUAUGGAGUUCUACACGAAUCACGCUCAAUUGAAGCAAUUCCUUCCCAUCAUAAGAGACUCUCCCGUAUACCCAGUAAUUUAUGACUCCAACCAAGUCGUUCUAUCAUUACCGCCAAUUAUAAACGGAGAUCAUUCUAAAAUCUCUUUAAAAACUAAAAAUGUUUUCAUCGAAUGUACUGCCACGGAUCUAACGAAAGCCAAAGUGGUACUUGAUACCAUUGUAUGCAUGUUCUCAGCUCACUGCGCAGAUAAGUUUACGAUUGAGCCAUGCAAUGUUGUUAACCCCGACGGAUCGGUAUGCACUUACCCCGAAAUAGCGUAUCGAACUGAAAUUAUAUCAGCUUCCAAAGCAAACGCAGCCGUGGGCAUAACGGAGGAACCUCAAAAAAUGGCCAACAUGUUAACCAAGAUGUACUUGGAAACAACUUUGGUGGGUCAAGAUGAACUGCAUGUCAGAAUCCCUCCCACACGGCAUGAUGUCAUACACGCUUGUGAUAUUUAUGAGGAUGUUGCUAUUGCGUAUGGUUACAAUAAUAUCACAAAGUCGUUGCCAUCUUUCAUGCAUAUUGCAAAGCAGUAUCCGUUGAAUAAGCUGACGGAGCAACUGCGUGAGCAAGUUGCUCAGGCUGGGUUUACUGAAGCUUUGACUUUUACAUUAUGUUCGCGUGAUGAUAUAGCAACUAAGGUGAAUAAGUUGAUUGAGGAUUUACCCGCGGUUCAUAUUUCGAAUCCCAAAACCCUUGAGUUCCAAGUGGUUAGAACUUCAUUGCUGCCGGGUCUUCUAAAGACUCUUGUCGCCAAUCGUAAAAUGCCCCUUCCACUUAAAUUAUUUGAAGUUAGCGAUGUCGUCUUGGCUGAAGACGAUUCAGAAGUUGGUGCAAGGAACGAACGCAGAUUGUGCGCAGUUAACUGUAGUAAAUCAGCUGGAUUUGAAGUUGUCCACGGUUUGUUAGACCGAGUAAUGCAACUUCUAGAAGUUCCGUGGAAGGCCGGAGAAGGAUAUUAUUUACAGGCAUCUGAGGAUUCUAGUUACUUUCCUGGACGAUGUGCGAAUGUUAUGUAUAAAAAUACUCCCAUUGGCAAAAUUGGAGUUUUGCAUCCGACUGUUCUCCAAGCAUUUGAGUUAACUACUCCUUGUUCUGUUGUUGAAAUUAGUAUUGAACCAUUUGUUUAAAAAAAAUUAAUAAGCUUUGAAUUAUAAUGAUUACUUAAGCUCAAUAUAGACAAAAAAUAAUAAAAUGAUUUUUAAAUGCUUAA